UAAUUAGCAUACUUGUUUUUCUAAUCAAUCGAGUGACCUUUGUUUCGAUUCGCACUGUGCCUCAGAUCCAGCAGUUAGUGCUCAUGUGUUAACUCAGUUAGUCAGUCAGUAAUUUAGUUAGUCGCCAGUGGAAAUAUGUCGCAGAUGCUGCAACUGGACGCUUUGGUCAUGGCCAUGGCCUGUCUGUCCACCACGCAAACGGAUCUGGGCGGAGGACUCAUGGUGCCGCCCUCUUUGGAAAAUGCGAGCUCCAGCAGCUGUCCAGUUUCGGCUCUGAGUGGCCUUACAACCAGGAUGCAAUCGCUAACGAGGGAAAUAACCAGUGUUAAGGAACAGAUAGGCAGUUUGCAGGAGCAAUUGGUGGAUUUGAGGAGAACGGGAAGCUCACCAGCGGUUGCUCUUUCCACACCCACUGCCAUAGGAUCUCGAUUACCUCUUGCCCUCGACAGCCUGGAUAUUGACCCACAACUCUUGGGAGGCGGUGGUGCAGGGGCUGGGCCAACCACUCCGACAAAUUGCGUGAAACAACAACACGGAGUGGUGCGAAUUCGAGUGCGGUCGAAUGUGGAGCCCUUCUUCGUUUUCUGCGAUCAGAAAGUGAGGGGCGGCGGUUGGACAGUGGUGCUCAAUCGAUACAACGGCACCGAGGACUUCAAUCGCAAGUGGGCCGAUUACAAAAUUGGAUUUGGGCUCCUGAACACCGAAUUCUUCAUCGGACUCGAUAAGUUGCAUCAGAUAACGAGCAGCGACAACUACGAACUGCUGGUUCAACUGCAGAAUCGAAGGCAGGAUCUGCGACAUGCCCUCUACGAUCACUUUAGCAUCGGCAGUGAAUCGGAGCAGUAUCGCCUGAAUGUCCUGGGUGAAUACCAAGGCGAUGCCGGCGAUGCACUGCGUGAGCACACUGGCAAAAAAUUCAGCACCCAGGAUCGCGAUAACGAUGAAAGCGAGCAAAACUGUGCGGCUUUGCAAUCGGCAGCUUUCUGGUAUGCCGGAUCCUGCAAUCUCAGUAACCCCUUUGGUUUGUAUCAACGUCGAUUCGAUCGAGAUUUCGAGGAUUUCAAAGGCAUUUUGUGGCACGGUUUCUUGGACGGACCCAAGGGAUCUCUUCAAAUAAUCCGAAUGUUAAUUCGUCCCCGCGCUAUUUCAUAAAUAACUAUAUAGUAUAUUUCAACGCUUACACCAAACAUACUAUAACAAAACACCCAAUAGGAUACGAAAAAAAAAAAAACAAAAUUUGAAGGAAAUUAAAUUCAAUUUAAACUUCGUUCA